GUGAUUAACGAAGAAAAAUGAGGUUCGCUUGUGCUACGGUCUUUCUGCUGGCCGCCAUCCUUGGCGCCCAGGCCGUCGACUGGUCGUCGGUGAAGAACAUGAACAUCGAGGUUCCUGUGCCCAAUAUCCACCCCAGGAGUGUGCCCAAUGGCAGGAUUACCAACGGUGAGCUGGCCAAGCCCCAGCAGUUCCCCUACCAAGUGGGUCUGCUCCUGUACCUCCAAGGAGGCGCUGCCUGGUGCGGUGGUACCAUCAUUAGCGACCGUUGGAUCGUGACCGCCGCCCAUUGCACGGAUAGCCUGACCACCGGCGUGGAUGUCUACCUGGGCGCCUGGGAUCGUACCGAUGCCAAGGAGGUUGGCCAGCAGAUUAUCUUUGUGGAGACCAAGAAUGUGAUUGUGCACGAGGAUUGGAUCCCCGAGACCAUCACCAACGAUAUUUCCCUCAUCAAGCUGCCGGUGCCCAUUGAGUUCAAUGAUUACAUCCAGCCCGCCAAGCUGCCCGUCAAGUCCAACACCUACCAGACCUAUGCCGGCGAGAGUGCCAUCGCUUCCGGCUGGGGCAAGAUCAGUGACUCCGCCACCGGUGCCACCGACAAGUUGCAGUAUGCCGUGGCGCCCAUCAUGAACAACAGCGGCUGUUCUCCUUGGUACGCAGGCCUGGUUGUCUCCACCAACAUCUGCAUUAAGACCACCGGUGGAAUCUCGACCUGCAACGGCGAUUCUGGCGGUCCCCUGGUAAUUGACGGCACCUUGAUUGGAGCCACGUCCUUUGGCAUUGCCUUUGGUUGCGAGAAGGGAUGGCCCGGUGUUUUCACCCGCAUCACCUCCUACCUGGACUGGAUCGAAGCCAAGUCCGAGGUGGCCAACUAUGGCAACUAAAAGAAUACGUUUCUUUGGGGAAACUUACAAAUAAACGUUUAUUUUUUGGGAUUACAAGAAA